AUGUUUCGACUAGGAAGAGUCGCAUCAGCCAGCAUCCGUGCUUCGGUCGUGCGUCCAGCAGCACGACAAACCAUGGCUACUCGCAACCAUCACUCUGUAUUCGCAUGGGACAAUUUGAAGAACUUGUUGCCUGAAGUGCCAAAGAGCACUGAAGCUACUCUGGGCUCUGUCUGGGACGGCAUCUACACAAACUACAGAUACAAGAUGAUUUACCCUGUCUUGUUAUGGAUUGCCUUCUUGGAAUACAAUCUAUGGACUCCUUAUGCCAAGGAUUCUUCAAAGGUCGUCGAACGUGAGAAGGAAGAGCACCUCAAGAGCCUUGAAUACCACCAACUGUUGGCUCAAAAUGACGAAUAG